UCGUUGCAGAAUCCGCAACACGCUUAUACUUGCAACCGUAGCUAGAAGAUAGGACAAUCGGCACUGUGAUAUCCUAACAGGCUCGGUCACAUGCAGUCAUUUAGUGUCCUGAGAGCUUCCUGUUCAUGGGCAGCAUGGAGGAACUUGUAGAGGAGUACAAGUCUCCGUUCAACUUUGAGCAGGGAGUGAACAUCAGCUACCUCUACCUGUCACCUGAAGAGAGUUUCACUCCACCUGGUUCACCGGUACUGCCGCUCAGAGGGCCCAAGAGUCCAGACAUCUUCCCAGAAGUAGGUGAAGAUGCAGUGAAUGCAGUGCCCAGUUCACUAACUGAGGAAGAGCAAGCAGAACUCCACCGUGAACUAGCAAAGGUGGAAGAUGAGAUCCAGACUCUUUCUCAGGUGCUGGCGGCCAAAGAGAAGCAGGUGGCGGAGAUCAAGCGGAAAUUGGGCAUCACUCUACUCAACGAGUUCAAACAGAACCUGAGCAAAGGCUGGCAUGAAGUCACCACCUCCACUGCGUAUAAGAAGACCUCCGAGACCCUGUCCCAAGUGGGUCAGAAGGCGACGACAGCGUUCUCCAGUGUGGGUUCAGCCAUUAGCAGAAAGCUAGAGGACGUGAGAUUACAGUCAUUUUCCAAUUCUUUUGGUAUACGCUCCAUACAGCAUUCGGCUAGCAUGCCGGUGAUGAGAAACACACCCACCUUCAAGUCAUUUGAGGAGAAAGUGGAAACCAUAAAGACCAAGAUGAACCCGACACCAUCAACAGGCGAUACCGAAGAGGUUUCAGAAUCCACACCUGACGGAAAGCCAGUGGUUGAACAGCCAGCGGGAACGUGUCCACCAGAUCAAAAACCGCACUGAGGAUCCACCCUCAAACGCUCCCCACUUCUUUCUUUUUACCUCCUGUCCCCCUUUUUCAUUCCACUGUGGUACUUCUACAUGGUCACAGUGAGCUUUGUUUUGUGGCCAUAUUUGUCCACUGAAGUCUGGGUCAUCUCCAGACGGGACAUGGUAGUCCUACACUGGAGCAGAUGUGUCAGAAUGUGAGAUGUAUGUUCACUCGUGCACUGUCAGAGCAUUACACUAGAGCAUUGACCUUCGACCCCUAGUUUCAGGUCUGUGUUGUUUUAGCCUCUUGAGAGGCUCAGGCUGUCCUUUAGAAGUCCCUAAACAUUUAUUUUUACACUUUUGAAGAAUAUAUCCUUAAGUCAUUAUAUGAAGUUUAAAUAUGUAAUUGAAUUUGACUUCUUGUUUGUGUACAUUCUCUGUUAGCACAUCUAGCUACUUAAAAUUGCCAGCCAAAUUAACCAAAUUUCUCUGUGGAGUUCAUUUUCCGUUUUUAAAACAAAUGCCAAAAACUUCUCUCUAAGUGUGUACUAUGAACUAAAAGAUUUUUGCAUAGAAAGUUUAUUGAUUGUAUUAUUAGCAUUAAUACCAAAUAUGAUCAAACAGUAGUGAUGUUACACUAUCUCAUUACUCUUUUUCUAUAUUUUGGAUUCUUGAUUUAGCUUUAGAGAGUUUGUGUCAUAAAAUGAGCAGACUUGAGUUAACAAUGUGCUUUGUGACUUUAUUUCUCUUUGUUUUUAUGCCGUUAGUAUAGUCGCACCACUGAGAUCCCAGUGCCUUCUGUUGUUAAAACUGGGGAGGUUUAAUCUCACUUUAAGGAUGUUUCUGAUGACUUUGUAAUUUGACCACUGCUGUAGUUUUUUUCUUUUCUUUCAGAAAACAGGACAUACUAUGAGAGGGACAGAUGUCAUAGUCUCCUAGACUACACUUCUUCCCUGUUGUUUUAAACUGUCUAACACAGCUGAAAAGCAGUUAAACAAUUAGCUUUAGAUCCAGUGCAACUCCAUAAUAUUUACACUUAUAAUUACUAAAUCUAGUAUUGUUUGUGUAGUUCAUGGAGCCGCUUACACUGUAGUACCUGCUGUUGUGGCAUCUUCAAGACUGCAAAAUUAAAAAAGUAUAUUUUUAUUGAUAUUGUUAGCAGAGUUUCUGAACUGUAGAUGAAAUGUAACAUUUAUGAUAUGGUAGUGGUUGCUAAAGGCUUUGGAGUGCAGGGGUUUCUGCUUGUGCAUAUUUAGAUGGAACUUUACGGGCAGAUGUGUUCUCAUAUGGUAAUAUUUAAUUAUUGGCUCGUGUACUUUUCUGCUUUCUGCUAUGCUGCUGCAAGAAAUAUUCAUAUAGAAUAGGAAUAAAAACGUUUACAGAGGUUUAGAUUCAGUAUGUUUGAUCUAUUACUCUAGAUCUAGUGUUGAUAUCCAUAAUAAAAUAAUACUAAUGUAGAAAAUAUUGAGUAUUAAGAGUUUUCUGUUUAAAACAAUGUUUUAUGUGUGUUUUGUGUUGACAAUAAAUGGAGGGUGGAAAUCCCCAGUGGGAU